AUUAUAGAUUUUAUACUAGAAAUUAUAAAAAUGAAUAACAUCUAUUAAAAAGUUGUAUCUUAAGACUAAAGAGUUUUAGUUUUUAAAAAUUCACGUUUUUUAAUACUAUCUGAUAAUUAUUUUUACAAAAUAUACAAAUAUCUAUUUCAUUAAUAUGUUAAUUCAAAGCAAUAAUUCUAGUUGUAUAAUAAAAGUAGCUGUGGUGAUAAUUUUAUUACAAGUAAAUCGUGGUAAUUCACUAAACACUGGAUACAAGAAAAAUCAACUAAUGUCUGUCGAAAAUGUUCAGCUUUUAAAGUGUUCUUAUUUAUCAUUUGCUUUGAACUAUAUGCAUUUAGCUAGAUUAGAAAUAUAUCAUCCGGAUUUUGAAUUAAAUCGUGCAUUUAACCAAGAAAAAACAAAAAUUGUUUUUCAUAAAAUUAUGAGUACGUUGCUUGAUUUCAAAGGUAUUGAAAUAGGUUCUCUGUGGUUAAUAAACAUUUAUUUAGUUAUUGUUAAUUAUCAUUUAAAUCAAAAUGAUCAAAAAGAAUCAAAAUCAAUUGAACAUCUAAACACUUAUCUUAAAGAUACUCAUGAUUAUGUCACAGAAACAUUAAAAUCUGAGGCUUCAGUUAUGAAAUGUUAUACAAAAAGUAACAAAUUCCUCAUACAUCAAGAGAAAUUAAAACAAUUAGAAUAUCGGUCAUUAAAUGAAAUACGUAGUUUCAUGUCCAGACAAACAAAAAUCAUGAAUGAAUUUAUUUUGGAGAAUAUUGAAUUAUCUACUACACACUACCUGAAGUUUACAAAAAAAAAUAUUCUAAUUAAAGAUAUCGGAAGGAACGUUCAUAAAAUAAUUCGUAUUAUGAAUAUGUACAACGUACAAGUUAAUUGGAAUGCAACCGAUAUAAGUACUAUGCAGCAAUUGCAGGAAAAUUAUGAAAAUGCACAUAAUAUUGAUUGGAGGAAAAACAAACUGAAAGGGUGCAAUGCGUUAGGAAAAAUGGUAUUAAACGGCGAAGAAUUGUACUCAACAAAGGAAAAACCCGUUCACGAUGAAACAAAGUUGGCAACUGUUAAAUGUUAUAGUUUAGGAAAUGCUGAAAUGUUUAUAUUUCAUUUAAAAGCUUUAUUUGAAAAUAAAGAAUUUGAUGCUAUCAAGUCAUUUAUUGAUUAUGCGGAAAGUAAUCAAUUGUUUUUACAAAUGGAGAAAAAAAUUGAAUAUUUAUUUUCAUUAUUAGACACUUAAUUAUUUAAAGUUAUUGAACUGUUUAUUUAAUUAAUUAAAAUAUUUCAAAAUGUAAUUCAAUAUUCAUUUAAUAUUACUAUAAUUGGUUUAAUAUUAAUUUUUUUAAAAUAAGAAUGUAACAAAAAUUGAUAUUUUUUAGCGUAUUAAUGUUAAAUCACUACUUUAAAAAGUGUAUUUUUUUUAUAAAUAAUACAUUCAUAAAACAGAUUA